UUGUCCACUUUGGAUGAUAUUUUGAAACCAGAGCGCACGAGCAAUGUAGUAGUACCAAAUUUUGGAGAUUUCAAUUUUGAUGAGCUACCAGUUCAACGACAAAGGAAUAGUACUGAGUGUGGUGUGCACGUCAUGCAGUGGAUGCGCUAUGGAUCCAAGGAUCUUGAUAGAGUGAUAGGAGAAGAACACAAAUUACCGGCUCGAAAGGAGAUUCUAUGGUAUCUGGCUACACAUUUUGAAAACCGUGCACGAGAAAAUCUUUUCAAGGCAGUAGUAGAUGAAUGCAUGGAACGAGGCAAAGAGAGACAGAGUUCCAAGAAAAAAGCAAAGAAAUGAAGUCGUUAAGUUACAAUGUUGCAUUAUUUGGACCAUACAUUUAUUUUGUAUUUGCGAGAUCGUUUCAUUUUGGAUUUUGAAUGUUUAUCGUUUAUUAGAUUUGUUAUACAAUUAUGUAUGUGACUGAAUUUACGAUUUCAAUCGUCU